AUGGCCCAAGGAGGUCUGAAGUCUUCGGCCCGCCCUGCGCCGACGGGCAAGCCGAAGCAACAGAAGCAGAAGAAUACCCAGCGAGUGGCGAAGCCUCAGAAGGCCAAGAAGGGCAUGGCGGCAGACAAGAUGCAAAAGAAGUUUGCGGCCGGCCUGGUCACGCAGACGGAGAAGCUUCUUGGCGAGCGCGCUGGCCACCUUGAACUCAUCGGCAAGGGCAAGAAGGCGAAGAAGGAGGAGAAGGGAUUUAAGGGUGGCAGCCGCAAGUACGGCUAA